CUCCUAUUCCAGCCCCGCGAACCCUCGCAAGAUGGUCGUGUCUAUCAUAAUCUGACACUUCUUCUUGAGACUGCUCAGUGUCCUUGGGAUGCCUUCGCAAACAGUCAACCCACCACCACCAUGCAUCCCUGGUCUAUUCACAGAUGAAGGGAGCAAUAACGACACCAGAUCAUGGGAGGCUCUAAUGUAUUGGAGAUCGGAUUGUUUCGUGUACAGUGUCACCUGGUAUAAGGAACGUUCCGGCGUGCAACACGAGUUCCUUCAUUUCUACAUAAGCUCUCCAGAUGGACGCCACUGGUCAACCGUCAUAGCUGAGCGGGGUAAAGUUGAUGGUCAACCGGGUAAGUCGGAUAGAACCGCGAGUCCUUCACCAUUUUCAUCUAGAUCAACCUCGGACAGGGUUGCGGCAGACAUGGUAUUUGCCGCAACGCUCGGCACCACAGGUGCCACUGGUAUAGACGGGAGAUGUGCUCCUGCUCGUGCGAUCCGUCUUCAUAGUCUAACAUUCCCUGACGGCAAUGGACCAUCUGCCCACCAAUUGGCAAUGCUGCUUGUUGCGAUGUCGACAGUCAAGGAAAAGUACCAUUUGUUGGCCAGCCAGUGUUACUGGUUUUCUGCGACAGGUUUCAAGGCACUCGUGCGCCUAUUUCCGGGUGCAAAGGCAGAAGAAGAUAUUCAUUCGAAGCAAAAAGGAACAUGCUAUGGUUUGCCAAUACCAUUUGCUAGUGUUGUAGACAUGGUUUGUACUACAUAUGAAGAGAAACAACAGGAAAUAUAUGGUGGGGUAUAUCAUGGGCCAGCAGACCCCACCCACUGUUAAGUCAUCGAGCAGGAAACAUAUUACAAUAUGAUGUAAUGUGUUGCAUUGAAGGCAUAGGCCGGAUGCAGACAUAAACGUCGUAACAAAAGUUAAUGUUCGUCAUAAGGAUUUACUUGUCCAAGUAUAGGCUGCUUGCCUGCUUGAACGGAUAUGUAGUGUUAAGCGACAAUUAGUAACGUUGAAUAAAAUCAGGAUUUGCUGAUGGCCUGGUUGGGGAACAAUUGA